AUGUUAUCCUCGAAAGAGCGGACCCAUCGCCUCGACGAGGAUUGGUCCGGGAUCACCGAUCCUGCUCUUCGCAAGAAGUUGCAAAACAAGGUCAACCAGCCGCGAAAACGCCAAGAGCGGCAAGAAGCCAUGCGCGUGCAGCAGGCCAGAAAGCAGAGCCAGGCCGCUCUGCCUCGUUCAUAUGCCCUGAUACUUCCACGACCAGAGCACUUCCAAGUCGAAGGCCAGAUAUUGAGUCCGCGACGAUCGCACACCCAGCCCACCACACUCGUCGAGGCCGUAGCAAUGAUGACGCGCUUCAGCGCAGCUGCCUAUGACCGAUACUAUGCCGCCAAUCCUUGCCUAGACCAACUCUUUACGCUCUCCAAAUUUAAUGUGCUCCGUGCCUUUGUGGAUAACAUGGUAGCCCUGGGAUUGAGCAUUGACGCCAUGGGAGAUGACGUUAUCUCCCCAUUCAAUAUGGCUUCCCCCGGAAACCCCAGCCGACAGACCCUUCCGGCGAGUCUCUUCCCCACAUCGACUCAAUGCACCAUCUCCCACCAUCCCUGGCUGGACUGUUUCCCGUUCCCGCGGAUGCGGGACAAUCUGGUCCGGGCUGCGGACUCGUUCAAUGAUUGCGAGCUGUGUACCGAUAUCGUGGACCCCACCAACGGCGAUAUCGGCAUGAUGGUGUGGGGAGACCCCUGGCUACCGCAGAGUUGGGAGGUGUCGCAGUUAUUUGUGACCAAGUGGUGGUGGGUGAUCGAGGGGUGUCCGGAGAUAAUCGUGCAUAGUAAUUAUUGGAGGGGUAGACGGGGGCUCCAGAGGCUCAAGGUGGGCACUACGUGA